AUGGACAACGACGACACAAACAUGGGCUCGACGGGCUUUCAGUUCCAGGCAAACUCAACAUCAAAAUGGGAUAACGAACUCAAGUUUGCUGCAGCUGGCUCGGUCCGCACCUCAAUCAUCGUUCUGGCUGUUUUCAACUUGGUGGUGGCAUUUGCGGUUACUCUCGUCAUACUCUUGAGAUCGUGGAGGACACUAAAACGUGCUGAAUCGUGGGACUUUAGGUCUUCUUGGUUCCGACUUGUCCAGGGACGAGACAUUUACCCUUUCGUCCUAUCUAUCGGCAUCGUAACUCAGGGAAUUGUGUAUGCUACUGCUCAAGCCAAGGGACUCGAAUCACUCAUGAUCCUCGAGUGUGCCAUGGUCUCACAAAUGAUGCUUCCAGGCAACUUUCUUUAUUGCUCCAUUUAUCCAGCUGUUCGCCCAUCAGAAUUUUGCUUUGCAAGCCUAGUGUCUUUCCUUCAUCGAUAUGACACCGGAAUCUUCGGAUCUUUGCUCACUAUCAUCAUCCUUGUCAUAGUCGAGUGCGGUAUAAUUUGCUUCAAACUUCAUACCGGAGCCAGGAUGGAUGUCACUGAAAGGGAUGAGGCAUCUCGUAUGGUCUAUUACAUGAUCAUCGCUGUUAUUUCCUACACUCUGCAAAUAACUUUCUUUUACAAUACAGCGUUCCAUGACCCGGGAGCAGCUGGAGAUGCCUCAAUGCAACUAUCCAUUAUCGGAACAGUUGUGAUGAACAUGUCGGGAUUUCUGCUUGGCUGCUUGUAUCUUUUCCUUCGAUCGAGUAAAUCUCCGACUGGAUGCUUGGAUGACGACAUCGAGGCAUCUCGAAGUUUCAAGAAAUGGACUGAUGACCAGGAUCAAGAACCCGCAACACCUCUCUCAGCAAUGCCCGGAAUGGUCCAUAAGUCCAACAGCAGGGAAGACCUGAUGAUGAACGACAGGGUGGAAGACAAGGUAUUUGGCGCACGCAAGGACUUCCUCAAAGGUGGCUUGAAGCCCCUACGCUUGGGAAGCAUGCGCAACUCGGGUGAUCUACCGACGGCGCCAAAACCUGUACGAACAUCGUCGAAGGAGUCUAUUAAGAACUUCAAGCGAAGCAUGUACAGCAUCUUCCCUAAACCCGAGCCACCCAAAUCACCCAUCCUGUUACCAACAACGUUCUACAAGGGUCCAACACUUAAAGCAGCGCCUGAACCCCCAUCUUUAGCCGAUCUUCUCGCACCACCAGCCCUUCGUCUACCUGAUAGGAGACUCCGAUCCAGUGGUGCUUCAGCACUCUCCACUGCAACGGUGCAGAUUGGCCUGCGACUCUCCAAUAUUGGUGGUGACAUGAGCCCUACCAAGUCCGAACCCAAACAAGACACAAACCGCGUGGAAGAACUCGACUGCCCCAACAGCACAGUGAGAUUCUUCCCAAGGAAAACAAGUCCACUCGCUAUCGCUAUUGUCGAUGUUCCUGGCGAAGGCACUAGAUAUCAGAUCCAAGACAACUUCGAAAAUGACCUCUCUGAGAAAGAACUUCCACCUGUCCCCCUGAGUGCGGGCAUGGCUACACCUCCAGAGACCACUCUCAGCUCGGCUGUGUACAGCCCACAGGAGUCAACACCUGGCCCAUCCUCGCACAAGCCCAAUAAGUCAUCAGCAGGUUACAUAGCCGCCAUGGGUCAAGAGCUGAAGCAGAUACGGGGAGAGGACCAUGGAUUUAAAAAGUUUCAGGAAAAUAUGGGUAGGACCCUCGAAGGGCGAGGAUGA